CGCCAUCCGAUGCUUGUGGAUAAUGGAGGCAAUGUCUCUUUCUCGGUUGACUUGAGAAUGCUACGUUCUUACCAUUGAUGCCCAGCUGUAUCUUUCAUCCCAAAAUCGACUAAUACCCUCUACUUAUUAGCCUACACCACCAUGCUCACCACAAGAUCUCUCCCCCGAGCCAUACCUCGCAUCUACAAGAACCCUCGAUCAAGUAGUAUAAGAACAUUCACGAGUCGAAACCGAAAUAACAGCAGCACUCGAGUCGCAAUUCACCCCUACGCCCAUCGUCGUCAACGCCACUUCGUGCGCUCCAUCGCCGCCGUCACCACUCUCGGAGCUCUCGCCACGGCCCUUCAGUGGGCUAGUGGUGACAAUCUAUACCGAGAUGCUCACGCUGAAGCUCCACCGGAGCCCGAAAUCGAGUUUGAGAAGGCCAGGAGGAAGGCCACGUCGAAGGAAGACAACCGAGCUUUGAUCAGCUCACAGCACCUACAAGUCAAGAAGAGCUGGGAGAAUCCUGGGGUGUACGCAUGGGGAUCGAAUGCGGGAAAGGUGGUGGCACCGGACUCAGAUGAAACAUUCGUGAAGACACCACGACGGAUAUCCUUUUUCGACGGCAAGCUACUCCGGGACAUCAAGCUGGACAAGACCUUCGCCGCGGCAAUUGACGAGAAGGGAGAUCUACUUCAAUGGGGCACCGGUUUCUCGAAGGACACUGCCCAACCUACAAAAACCCUCCGAGGCAAGAACCUCACCUCUAUAAAUCUCUCCCGCGACCGUAUUCUGGCCCUCUCCUCAAAUGGCACCGUCUACUCCAUCCCCGCGUCCCAGGAGGAGCAACAGACCGGUCCCAAACCCUCUUCCUCCUCAUGGGCCUUCUGGACCUCGCCAAAUGACAUCUCUUACCGCACGCUAACCCCGCUUGAUCUCUCCCGCGGCGAGAGCAUCACCUCCGUCGCCACCGGCCUCGAACACACCCUUCUCCUUAGCUCUGCUGGUCGUCUCUUCACCGCUGCCUCUGCUUCUUCAGACUUCCCCGCCCGUGGCCAACUCGGAAUCCCAGGCCUAACUUGGCAAACCCGCCCGCCAGGUGCUUACGACCAAUGCCAUGAAGUAAUCACCCUUCGCGGCUUCUCCAUCGCCCAAAUCGCAGCAGGCGACUACCACUCCCUCGCCGCCGAUCGUGAUGGCCGAGUCUUCGCAUUCGGCGACAACUCGUACGGCCAACUGGGGUUCGAUUUCUCGGCUGAUAGCACAUACGUCGACGCACCAUCCCUCCUUCCCAUCCAGAAGUUGUAUGCUGGCACAAGCCAAGUACCUAGCGUCAAGGGCGUAUUUGCGGGUGGCUCAUCCUCCUUUUUCACCGUCGACGCUACCAAAAUUGCGUCCCCAGACUCCUCCGAACUGGACAUGAAGACUGUCGGUAAAGUCACAGCAGACACCCUAGCCUGCGGCCAUGGUAUCUGGGGUCAGUUGGGCACAGGUCGGUGGACGCAUGUUCAAACAUCCCCUACCAAGAUCCCCUCUCUAUCCGGCCUCUUCGAAUACGACGAGACGACGAAUAGUGUCGUUCCGAUCCGACUCUCACGUUUCAGUGUUGGCGCGAACCAUGCUGCAGCUGUCAUGGAUAAUGUGACGCAUCUUGCUGCGAGCAAGUGGUCAAGUGAGAACGAUACGAACUGGGGCGCUGAUAUCCUGUUCUUUGGGAACAAUGAGUACUAUCAGCUGGGCACGGGGAAGAGGAAUAAUGUGGCACAGCCGGUGUAUAUCCAGCCCCUGGAUGCGGGUGCCGAAAAGAAGCUGAAGGGGGAGCAGCAUCGCUUUCAGAUUACGCCAAAGAAUAAGGUGAAAGUGGGUGGGCGGACAGUGGAGCUGGAGCAAAGAGUUGAGUGUGGAAGGGGCUGCACAGCUGUCUAUUCGGGAGUGUAAAAGUGCCCUUGAGAUGAAGAAUGCAGUUUCAGCUGGAUGACACCUUGGGUCGCUUUCAAUGAUAUUGGAGAUGGGUUUACGCUUCUUACGCUGUUAUGCCUGUACUUGUAAGACUCAUACCUCCGCUUCGUCGGUACAUGUAACAAAGGUCAUCACGACUUAUUCACAGCAUGCUCUUGCCACUUCUUCUAUUGUUUUCACUUUUCAUACCGCGUAUAUUCUC